UCAUGUCCUCCUUUCCACCUCUCUCUUUCCUCCUAGUUCGCCGCCGGAGCCCGGAAGCUAGCGCCUCGUCGACUUGGGCGGCGGCUGAAGUCAGUGGCCGAAGGAGCGGGGAUUACUUGCCCGCCUCGAAGGCUCUCCGCCGGCGGGCAGGCGGGAUAGCGCGGCAGCGGCCCACGCCGGCAGAUCAGGUGGGGAGAGAAGCUCCGCCGUCCGUGCCUGCGCCGGUUUCCACGAGAGCGGCGUCGCCUGUGUCCUGCUGCUGCUACCUUUGCUGCCGCAUCCUCGCCGGUGAGCGCCCCUCUGCAUCGGUGGACGUCUGGGAUGGCGGACGGUUCGUUUCUUGAUCGGAUGGUGUCUCAACUUCGGUCGACGUGCAGGUACUACACUGGAUAUCCCAAGGAUCUAGGGCCAUCAAGAAUUAUACCGUUCACGUCAGAGCGUCAAUUCGUGCAGCUGUUGCAUGAAGGCCGUCCAGUAGUUGUUGCCUUUACUAUUAAGUGCACUUAUACUCAACACCUUGAUAAGGUACUGGAGGAAGCUGCUGCUACAUUUCAUCCGCAUGUAAAGUUUGUUCGAGUUGAAUGCCCAAAGUAUCCUGGAUUUUGCCUCACAAGGCAAAAGAAUGAGUAUCCGUUUAUUGAAGUAUUUUACAACCCAGAACAGGCUGCUAGCCCAGGAAAGGUGGUGGACCCUAAUGUCACGAAGUACUCGGUGAAAGUUCUCCCUUUCAACUAUGACCAGAGCAUGUAUGGAUUCCGGGAAUAUUUUAAGAAGCACGGAUUCAAGUAUUUUGAAACAAACUAGGUCAACUAUUGAAAAUCGUUGUGAUGAAACAUGCAUAGUUAGUUAACAUACUAUGAAUGUACGUGAAUGCACGUUCAGCCUGUACUAGAAUACUUUUGUUCAAAGCCUUUCUGUAUGUGGCAUUAUCUUAAAAUGCUUGCUAAUCGGUUCUCAUGGCAGCUAUCGGUCUCCGUUGUGCUAAGAUACUGUGACAGGAUAGGUCUUAUUAUGCUGCAUGCCUUUUUUGUGAGUAAUGACUAGACUUUCAGAUUCAGUUGUAAAUUCAAUGACUUAUGGCUUAGCAUGCCUCAACCUUCUACAUCCCUUUGUUGUAGGGUGCAGGGAAGCCGCCGAAGUUUUAACAUAUUGCUGAUUGUACCGGAGAUUAGUCAUGAAACAAUGCCAACUGUUUAUACCAUCGGAUUUGAUGUGCGUGGUGCUUAGUAUAA